AUGCUUCACGCGGGCGGGCACGGGGGAAGGAUAGCUGGUCUUCAGUUCGCCGCGGGCCAUCUCGCGGCUGCCCACCGUGAUGCGGAUGAUCACAACGGGCGAGUCGCAGUACGACAGCAGCCUAGCUCCUGUGCCGUGAAGCACACAAACCUCACACGCGGAGAGGUAGCAGUCGCCCCGGAAGGGAGGACAAGGGUGAGAGAGCACGCGCAGGCCAAGAGGACGCAGAGGGAGCUGGUACUACCAGACUCCAGUGAGGCGGAUGUCGAGCAGCGCGGGGUAGGCGGCUCCAGCAGGGAGAGAAACGCGGGCGACAGGACGAUCGCGGAAGACACCAAGGUCGUGGAUACCUCUAUCGUCGACGAUGGCAUGGUACCAGAUGCGGUCGAUGUGGUCGCGCACCUCGCGGCAAACACCACGCAGGCGAGACAUGAUGCGCACGUCGCCGUCUGCUACCGCGAAGGCGAACACGGCUUCGAAGAUAUGAGGGUAACAUUGUCGAGGGUCGGCAUCGCGGUGACCGGGGACAAGUGA